AUGAAGUGGGUUGAGAACAAAAAGUCACGUACUGCAAUUGCCUGCGUUAGUUGUCAAAAAUCCAAGAAAAAAUGCAAAGGAGGAAAAGUGAACGAAAUUCGAUGUACUGAAUGUGAGAAAAAGAAGAAAUUCCUGCCUGUACAGAAUGUUGAAAAAAAGGAUAAAGUGAGCCAAGGAAGUGGCUUGUUAUACGAUCAAAUGAGAGAUACAGUAAUAGAAGGUGAACAAUAUUUAACUUACGAUGAAAAUAAUUUUCUUAUUGAAUUUUCAUAUAUAUUUGAAA